UAAAAAACAAAAAACCCUAGCCAUGUCAAGUACAAGUACAGUGUGUUUAAGUAGCUGGUAAGCAGAAUAUAUUUUUAAACAUCUGUACGUAAAUUUAAGAACUUUGAUAACUGUUAUCCAUCUCUAUAAUUUAGUGGGUUUUACUUUGCAUUAUCAAAUUUCUCUUCGCUGCUAAAACUCUUAUUGAUGGCGAACUGUUAGUUUUUUGUUUGCAUUUCAAAUUAAGUCUCUCAGUUUACUUUGAUCCUGUGAGUGCUAAUUCUGGAACACGUCGGCAGCCUCUUGCUCUAUCUGGUUAAGAUCGGAAAAAUGGCAUUGAAAACUUGCAACUCUGAAUUGGAUGUGAAUGCGAAAAUUCAACCACCCCAUUAUGAAAAUAUUUAUAAUAACAUGAGGCAUGUAGUGUAUAUGGUCAAGGUUGUCAAACGAGAUGAUACGAAGAUAUUCACAGGAUUUUGUGUGGAAAAGAACGGCUAUAUCCUUACUUCUGCAUUUCAUCUAAAUAUGGCUAGUAAAGUGUAUGUCCGUGGUUUAAAUGAUGAUCGCUACAUUAUGGCUCAGCUAAGAAAAAUAUGUAGUGAUUCUAGAAUUGCACUUCUCAAAAUAAAUAGACAGUGUGAUUAUGCUUAUAUUGGGGACAAUAUAGGUUUACAUGCCGGAUUAGAUGUUUUUGGAAUUACUCAUCCUGACGACCUCCCUUUUACCUUUAUGGCUGGUAAAUUGACGACCCGUUUUGAAAGCUAUAACAAAAACAUGGAAGGUUUAGGGCAUUUAGGCCAAUAUAAAAGAAGUUGUCAUGAUGCUAUUGAUUUAUUAUGCAUUAAUGGGUUUCAAAGUGACCUGGAAAAUCUGCAUUCAAUAGGUUGUCCGGUUUUUAACUCAAAAGGAUUGGUGAUCGGCAUGAUUGUAAGUUCCCAUAAGGGAUUGGACUAUGUUGUACCUGCAGUUUGGUUGAGUCGAAUCAAGGACUCGAUAAACCAGUUGAGUUCACAAGCCUCGGGAUCGAGACAACAGUAGCUGCUAUUGUUGAUUUAUAAGCGUUUCAACUGAGUUGUUGAAGAUGUCUUGGAAACUAUCUUUUAAUAUAAGUGUAUGUUAUGAAAUGUUUUAACUCUUGAAUUGUAGUAGUUUGUAGAACUUAGCUAAGUUACAUUUGUAUUCGAAGUUUAUCCGAUUAAUGAAUUUUGCAUACAUUUGAAAUUCAGUGGGUAUGAUUAUAGAUGUUCAACUGGAA